AUGCUGGACGAUUUCAACAGCAAAAACUGGGUGUGGGUGCCCGAUGAAUCUGAUGUCUAUUGCAAGGGAUAUGUCACCGAUUACCUAAAUGACGAUACUUGCAAAGUCACGGUGGUAAAUGGAUCGCAGGAGGUCCAACGAGUGGUACCCCAGAAGGACAUCGAAAAUUGUAACCCAUCCAAGUUUAACAAGUGUGAGGACAUGGCGCUGCUUACUCAUUUGAAUGAACCACUGGUGGUAUACAACUUGUACUUGCGUUACAACGAUGAUCUCAUCUACACCUACUCCGGUCUCUUUCUCGUGGCGAUCAACCCCUACAAGUCCUUGAGCAUCUAUGACACAAAAACCCUCAACCAAUAUCACGACCAGGAGCAUGAUAAACCACCUCCACAUAUCUUUGGUACCACCGAAAAGACUUUCAGAAAUUUGGUGACCAAUCAUAAGGAUCAACUGAUAUUGGUAACGGGUGAACUGGGUGCUGGUAAAACCGAGAACACCAAGAAGAUUAUCCAAUAUUUAUCCCUGAUUACGCCAUUCCGCCGCAAGGGCCAGGGUCAUAAUAAGCGCAACCUGGCGUACUCCCAGACCAUUGAUACAAAAAUCUUACAGGCUAAUCCUAUUUUGGAACUGUUCGGUAAUGCCAAAACGAUUAAGAACAACAACUCCCUGCGUUUUGGUAAGUUUAUUAAGAUCUAUUUCAAUCGUCGAGGCCUCAUUGUUGCAGCAACCAUCGAUUACUAUCUUCUCGAAAAACUGCGUGUGGUACAACAAUUAACCAACGAACGCAACUACCAUAUCUUCUACCAAUUACUCCGGGGCCAUGAUGAUUUAGGUCUGUUAGGAUUAGCCCGUGAUAUUCUGGCUCAUAAAUACCUCGAGGGCCUGGCUCACACUAUUCCAAAUGUUGAUGAUGCCAAAGAGUUCACUAUGUUGUGUGCCGCUUUCAAAAUCAUGGGUAUUGAUCUGGAUCAGUUAACUCAGGUCUUCCGCGUACUUGCUGUGGUGUUGAAUUUGGGGAACUUGGAGUUUACUCUGUGGAAGAGUGAUCAAGCAAAUUUUACGCUGGAUCUGCCAAUUGACACUAUUGUUAAAUUCCUCGGGAUCAAACGGGAUGAUUUUGUAAGCAAUAUGCUUCGUCCUAAGGUCAAAGCAGGGCGUGAGUUUGUUCAAAAACUGAAAAAGCCUGCUGAAGUUAAAUUUGCUAUUGACGCCCUUGCUAAACACUUGUACGAGAAGUUGUUUCAAUGGAUCAUCGCGAAAAUCAACGCUAACUUGGAAGUGGAUGGCCAGACCAAGGAUGGGACGAACUUCAUUGGGGUUUUGGAUAUUGCUGGGUUUGAAAUCUUUGACGUCAACUCAUUCGAACAAUUAUGCAUCAAUUAUACCAACGAAAAACUUCAGCAGUUUUUCAAUCACCAUUCUUUCAUUCUUGAACAAAGUGAAUAUCUUCGUGAGGACAUUGCAUGGGAAUUCAUUGAUUUCGGUCAAGAUCUACAACCCACUAUUGAUCUCAUUGAAACAAAGCAACCUAUGGGGGUUUUGAAAUUGUUGGACGAGGAAUGUAUAAUUCCGAAACUGCUGGAUGCCCUGUUCAUGGACAAGUUAGCCAGUAACUGGGGUGCUGGCCAACUGAAUAAGUUCAAACUCAACAAAUAUAAGCUGGGCUUUAUUAUCCAUCAUUACGCUGGUAUGGUUGAAUACAAUGUUGACAAUUGGUUACAGAAGAAUACCGACCCUGUUAAUGAACAUGUUUUGAAGUUGCUACCUGCGCUGGACAAUGAGUUCAUUCGCAAACUUGUCGAGAAUGAUGAACACUUAACAUCAGCAACACCAUCCCUGCCGCAGAAACGUGGGGCGCGGGUAAAAACGGCGUCGUUGAAGCAUAAGGAACAGUUGGCGCAAUUGAUGGACCAGUUGGAACUGACAGAACCUCUGUUUGUGCGUUGCAUUUUGCCUAACCUUGAUAAAAAGCCCAACAAAUUUGAUAAACGAUUGGUGCUCAAUCAAUUACGCUGCAAUGGGGUCUUAGAAGGUAUAAGAAUUACGCGGGCAGGGUAUCCUAAUCGUAUGACGUUUGAGGAAUUCUUCCUGCGCUACUCAAUUAUCAACCCGAAGGAAGUUUAUACUAAAGAUGCCAGAACAAACUCGGAACUUAUUUUGAAGUAUACCGGGUUGAGCGAUGAGGUCUUCAAGGUAGGUAUCACGAAGAUAUUCUUCAAAAAUGGCAUUUUGGGGAAACUUGAAGAAAUGCGUGAUUUGACCCUCAAGCGUCUCUUUACUGAUCUUCAGCUGGUUGUAAGGGGUAAGGCUGCUCGUCGUCAUAUGCAAGCUAAGAUCAAAGAAAUUCAACUGGCUCAAGUUAUCGCUCGUUCUAUGCAACGAGUUGACGAAUCAUUGAAAAACCUGAUGUGGAUGGAGUUGUUUGUUGCUGUGAAACCUCUAUUGGAAGAACUGGUGAAAGUCUUAGAUCUGAAGGAGAUGAAUGAGAAUCUUAAAAAUGUCAGCUUGAAAUUGAAAGACGCCGAGAAAGUGCUGAAGGACUUGGAGGUUGAGAAUGUCAAGUUGCGCGAUCAGAUGAAGUUGUUGGAAGACGAGAUUGUUACCACUACAAAUCAACUUAAAGAAAAGGACUCUACUUUGUCGAAAUCUUUGCAACUGGAACGCCAAGUCAGACAAGAGCUUGCAGCGACCGAGGCAAAAUUGGAAGCUCUACGUGAAUCACAGCGCGAACUAAAGGGCACCAUUGCAGACCUUGAAGACAAGAUUGAGGAAUUGGAAAAAGAACUUUCGCUGACCAAGGAGGAGAAUCGCCAAUUACUAGAAAAUCACACUAACCACUCCUCAAAAUUGACGGAUAUGGAAGCUGAGUUGAAGAAGACCAUGGCUGCUUAUGAGGAGAAGAUGCUGAGAUUGAAGGAGCAGCACGAGGAAAAUGUCAAGUCACUCCACCAGGACAAAGAAAUGCUUACUCGCCAAACUGCUGAUCUGAAGCGUGAGAUUGAAUUGCUCAGGAAGUUGCAACCAAAACAUGAUGCAUUGUCUCGCGAAGUGUCCACAGCAAAUGACCAGGUUCGUAAGUUUAAGGCCGACGCAACUGCAAAGGAGCGUGAGAUGGCACUGUUGCGUUCGCUGAUGGUCCGCCAUGAAACGACGACAUCCAAUCUUCAAAGCAAAUUGACGCAGACCGAGAUGGAGUUAAGUAAGCUUAAAAACGAGCUUGACAAGAAGGAGGGAGAAAUUGCAAAACAGCGCGAGGCUACUCAACAAGCUGAAAGAAAUCUCAAACAAGCCAAGGCCAAUUUAAGUUCGAUUGAUUCUCUCACGAAAGAACUUCAGGAAACAAAACUUGCCCACGAAAAAGCUACUCAUGAAAUCCGCGACCUUCGCCACAGAGUUGAAGCUGCUGUAAAAGACCGAGAGGAAGCUGAAGCCAAAUUUCAAAAAGCUAAGGUACAAACGGAACAUGUUAGAAAGGUGCAUGAUCAAAAUGUCAAUCAGAUUGCCAGCCUUCAGAACAAAGUUGCCAAGCUUGAAAGAGAACUCAAGGAUGCCGAGCAGGAGAAGGAAAAUCAACCCCCCGCGAUAUUGGAAGAAUUUGGAGCUCUCAAACUCAAAUAUAAUGAACUCAAUGCCAACUUGCGAAAGGAAAAAUUUGAGAAAAAGAAGCUUCAUGAAGAGGUGUCCUUAUUGCGAUCAAGAAAGGUCAGUGGAGAAUUCGACGGCCUGACACCUCGCCGCCAGUCCCAUGAAGCUACUACACUGUCUCUCAAGCGCGAAAACGAGUCCCUUCGAACACGGUUACUGCAACAGGAAGCUGAAGCAAAGCGAGCUGAGGAUUAUGCCAUUGAACUUCAACGGAAAUUGAACAAGUUGCAACAACUGCGAGGCCUUGGUCUGAGCCAAAGUGAGGACUAUGAAAAGAAAUACGAGGCAUCUCAAAAACGUCUUGCUGACCUUGAGUGUAAAUUUGAACGGAUGAUUUCUAAGAAUGGGGACCUGGCUCUGGUAUCCCCUAAUCUGCUGAUGGUCAGCAAGCGACUGUCGUUGUAUCUUGCGCAAGCCUCACCAGACUUUGUCGCCGUCUAUCAAGAUCUACACAAGACAUUGAAGACAACUCGAGAAGAAUUGAAUCUGUCUAAGCUGGAAAUUUUACGACUCAAGCUGUUGUUGCGUGAACUGGAAGAUGAGUUGUAUCAAACUAAGCACAGCCAGUUCAGACACCUGACCGCUGACUAUGAGCAGCGCACGGCCGAAUUGAAAGUGUUGAACGAUAAGCUCACAUCGCGUAAUACCGAUUUGGCCCGACAAGUGGACUUAUUUGAACUGAGGCUGAAGCAGUAUUUCAAUCAACUCGAAGAAGCUGAGCUGGCGGUGAAAACCUCCCAGCGUAAAGAGCUCGAAGCCACGAAAGAGCUUGAGGAACUUAAGCGGGACUUCAAGAUGGCUAAGGAAGAGCUUCGCCUGCAUCUCGUAUUGGUUAAGGAAUUACGUCUGAGGGUAUCUGGGUUGGAAGAGCAAGUUCAAGAUCGUGAUCACCAAAUUGAACAAUAUAAUAGUCAAACUGAUGAGUUGAAGCAGAAACUCAACUAUUACACAAAUUCCUACGAUAACAAGGAAGUCCAAGAACAAUACCGCGAUGAGAUUCGUGAACUUCAAAAAGAGUUGGCGUUCAAACAAGAGACGGAAACAAGCUUGAUCAAAGAACUGAAAGAAUGGCAACUCCGAUUCGAGGAUGUCUCCCGGCACAAACGUGACCUUGAGCAAGCUGCUAUUCAAUGGGAAAAGAGGGAAGCUGAUUUGGACAACCAAAUUAGCGAACUCACGAAUACCAAGCGUGAACUUGAUGGUGAGAAGGUGUUGAACGAACGUAAGAUCGGCAAUUUGAGCAGACAGAUUACUUCUCUCAAGAAGGUCGUGGAUGAGAUCAGUCAAAGACGUGAUGAGUUAUUGGAUGAGACUGAACUGCUUCACAAGCAGUUGCAUCAAAGUGAGAGUCAAAAUGAGGACCUUCAAGGUCAACUCAAACUUGUUCAACAGGACAACGAGGUGCUCAAACGAUACUUGGCCGACAAACAAAGCGAACAUGAAGAGAUACGUCAUGAACUUAACCAGCUGAAAUUAGGUGCUCCCGACGAUGUCGUUGAAUAUCAGAGAGUCAAACGUGAAUUAUUGGUCACGCAAGAAGAAAAUGAGUUGCUCAAGUUACGUACUUCCAAGCUUACUGACCAAGUACUGCAGCUUGAGCACAAACUCUACUCCAACGAUCAGAUUCGUUUCUGGGAAGAGAAGGUAAACAAGUUAACGGAUGAUUUAGACAAACAACAGCAAGAAAACUACGAGGUAUCCAAACUGUCAAAGACAUUACAACGGAGAGUGGCUGAGCUUGAGAUUAAAUUGGACAAUGAAACUCGCGCCGCUAAGAAGUAUAACGAUGAAAACUUCAGCUUCCAUAAUCAAUUGACUCAAGCGAAACUGACUAUUGACAUAUUGCACCGCGAUAACGCUGAGAAGGACCUUCAACUUAAGCGAUAUGAGAGAGAACAAUUGGAACUUAAAGAGAAAUUGUUACGUUUAGAACAGGAACAGUUGCGUUUACAACAAUCUUAUUAA